AUGGAAUAUCUGUCUGUGAAUUGUGUGCAGUGGCUCGACACCACAAACACUCGCAGUCAUCAAUGUCGGCAGGACAUAUAUAUAUCACAAGCGCCCAGCUUCCACACUACUCCAAUCAUCUCCACAAGCCCCCUCAAUUCCAACCACACUUCCAGCACCAUCCCCACCACCAGUACACGACACCCACACCCCCAACAUACCCCAACUUCCAAUCAAACCACCCACGAAAUGACAACCCCAGACGCCCUCCUAACCCUCGCCCACUCGCUCGCUCAACUCGCCACCAACCUCGCAGACGCCAGCGCCAAACUCGCCGCCGCAGCAACGCAACUGGAGCACGAAGCGGCGAACCUAGCCGAAGAGCGCGCUCGGCAGUGGGGUUUCGAUGUGCAGGUCGCCGUGGGCGUGAGGGGUCGUCCUGGGGCUAUUGGGGGAGCGGGAGGGAAUGUUAUUGAGAUUAAGCAGUGA